GCAAAUAUUUUUUUCAGCAGCACAAGCGGUUAGCAUAAUUGGAUACGAACAUCAAACAACGAUGUGUGGAGAAUGAGUAGCCAUGUUUCCUACCAAAGAGAAGAAAGUGUUGCAUCCGAAAGAACCCUUGAUAAUUUAGAAGCUAUACCCAGCAAUUUACCAUCUCCAGUACAUUCACCAACAACCAUCAAUAAAACUAGUGGUCAGAUGUCAAGAAACCUCGGCCCUGGUAUCAGGGCAGGAGAUUCGAGACCUCCACACCAUGGACGAGCUAGUCCUAUACCACUGGAGCAGUAUGAUUAUGAUGAGAGAGACCGAGAAACCAGCAGAAGUCUAGGAACUAGGGUAUCCUGGCAAUCACCAAAUUUAGCUACGGUACAAGCCAGUUCAAAAGAUGAGAAGCAUACAACUAGUCAGUUUUCCUUUGAUUAUAAUGAUGAAAAUGUUACUGGUCACAGUUCACAUAGUUCACCAGAACGAGGCUCAGGGGAAAUAACCAGGGUGGUUACUGGAUCUGAUAGUAGCCCUAUAAGAAGGUUGAAAAAGAAAGAAGAUGUGAGACCUGUAGAACGUGAACUUUCAGACGCCUAUAUUGAUAGUAUUUCCCGAACUCCACGAUAUACUCUUGGGCGUCACAAUACCUAUGAUGAAAUGCUUGGUUCUAUGAACACAGAUGACCCAUUUCAGGGCAGUUAUCAACCAUCAGGAAAAACCCCAAGGGAAAAAAGUAAAAUACCCAGGCCGCCAAAGUCUGAUGAGAGAAAAGAAAACUUUUUCGAUGAAGAAAAUUUAGAAAAACAUUACAAGAAGAAGAGUAAGAAACGUAAAAAGAAAAAGGACAAUGAGUUGACGAAUGAUACGCAAGGAUCUUACUCAUAUACUAACACUGCCUAUCAAAGAUCUCCUGUCAACUUACGGCCACAUGAGUCUGAUCACGAGUCAGUAAAGAGUAACGGCACAUAUACACUUAAUAAUGAAAAAACGAAGGAUAUUCGAUCAAGCAUAACCAACAUGGCAGGCCCGAUUCUAAAGAAAUCGCCUCACAAAGUGAUGUCCAUGUCCACAUGUCACUCAGACAUCCAAAACUGCACUGAUAAAGAGCUGGAUAAUAUACAAUUAGCAAAUUUUGUAACUCAGGGUGGCAAGUUUUUGCAGAGAAUCUGCAAAGUGUAUGUUCAGGAUAAAAAGUCUGCCAAGAACAAUUGUCAGUGUGGACGUUCAGUAGAGUGGCAUGAGAUGAAUGAUAUUGAAGUUCCAGAUUUUCAUAAACAUCGCUAUAUAGAGAAAAAUAUAUGGCAUCAUAAAACACACACAGAGGUUGCCCCCACUGACUCUUUUGGUGUCAUACAAUUUCAGGGGUUUGGACAGGAGUCAUACAACUCGCCUUACAUCCGCUUAUGCCCUACAACUGAGAUGGAAAAUCUUUGGACCUUAUUGACAGAGCAUUGGAAGUUACCUAUCCCAAAACUUCUUAUAUCAGUGACCGGCGGGGCACAGAGGUUUGACCUGAAUCCUCGACUCAAAGCUGUCUUCAAGAGAGGUCUUAUAAAUGCUGCAACUACUACAGGGGCGUGGAUUAUCACUGGAGGGACAGCUACAGGGGUGAUGCAGUUUGUGGGAGAAGCUGUGAGGGACCAUCUCAUAACACUUGGCAGCAGUGAAAAUAAUAUUGUAGCUUUAGGAAUUGCUACUUGGGGUUGUAUUGCAAACAGGGAAGCUUUGGAUGGAGAAGGGGAUGAAGGAAUUUUCCCAGCAACUUACAGUUUAGAGGAUGUUUCAGAGGUGAAAGGUCGUGAUGUGCCAUUAGACCAUAAUCAUACGCAUUUUAUGUUAGUUGAUGAUGGAACUGAGGGGAAGUUUGGUGCAGAAAUUGAAUUUAGAUCAACUUUUGAAAGAUAUGUGUCAGAAAAAGUCGAGACUGGAGUUGCCGAAUCACAGAGUGUGAAUGUACCAGUGGUAAUGCUGGUAGUGGAGGGUGGGGUAAACACCAUGAAGACUGUGUGGCAGGCCGUCCAGCAGAACAUUCCGGUUCUAGUUCUCAACGGUUCUGGCAGAGCAGCAGAUUUUAUAGCUUACGGUUACCUGUUGUCUAAAGAUCCGAAAAAUGAGGACAAACCCAAAUUUCCACCAGAUUUUAAUGAGGAGAUGACCCAUGUUGCUCAGAUGAAGUUUGCCUGGAAGUCGACAGAUAAUGUCAAAAAGAAAGUUGCAGAGUGUCUUCGUCAACUUAGGGAUGCCCUUAAUACUCCAAAACUGAUAAACAUAUUUAAUCUGGGAGAGGCAGAUACUAAGGAUAUAGAUAGGGCUAUUCUCUAUGCUUUACUGAAGGCCAACAAGACAAAUGCCAAUGCCCAGUUGUCUCUGGCUCUAGCCUGGAACCGAUGUGAUAUUGCUAGACAUGAGAUCUUUACUCAGUCUAAUAGACAAUACUGGAAGAACCUACCAUUGUACGAUGCCAUGUUCACUGCUCUGGUUCAGGAUCGUGUUGACUUUGUACACUUGUUUAUGGAGAAUGGAGUGAGUUUGAAGAAAUUUCUGAGUAUCGAGACCUUGUGGAACCUGUAUGCAAAUGCCCUCUUGGACACUUCGGACACUAUGGCACAGACUUUGAAUAACCUCAUUCUAUAUCUGAAGCAAACAUGGGGUGCGUAUCUGUGUUGCCGUCCAACCAAUACAAGCAAGAGUGACCCGGAACUUCUCAGUAUGGUUGGGAAGCUAAUGGUUCAUUUGUUAGGAGAUGAAAAUUUUAACAGCUAUACAGAUGAAAAGUUUGUGGUGAAAAAGCCAGGAAAACCAGAACUGAAAUGGUUGCCAGGCAACCAUGAUGCAAAGUUGAAUGUGAAAGGUCAAGGUCUAUCAAAACACCAAUCAGAUAAUAGAAAAAGCUUUUUACAUCCAGUAUCGUCAACAGGAUCAAUUGUGCAAUUCUACGAAAAUGCAGCUUCGGAGAGUGGCAAAAGGUUUUUCAAAAGAAAGAGACAUGAGUAUGAUUUUAAAGAACUGGCUGAGAGGGAACUGUUUCUAUGGGCAAUACUGUUUAACAGGAGAGAGCUUGGCAAGAUGAUGUGGAGGGCUGGACAAGACCAGUUGGGAGCUGCUCUAGUAGCAUGUGCUAUCCUAAAGGCUCUAGCAGCAGUAGCUGAUGAUGAUGAGGAGCUAGAACUUAGUCAAGAUCUAGAAGAUCAUGCAAACAUGUAUGAAGACAUGGCAGUGGGAGUGAUAUCUGAGUGUUACAAGAGGGAUAAAAUGAUGGCCCACCAGUUACUAGUGAGACGGUUAGAGCCGUACGGCAAGACAACACUGUUCACCCUGGCUGAUACCCACACAUUGAUGAAGUUCAUGGGAAAUACAUGUUGUCAGACCAAGCUUAACCUUAUAUGGAAAGGAAGAAUGGCCCUGUAUACACAGUCUUGGAAAAUACUGUUGUCAUUGGUUUUCCCGUUUUGUGUGCCAACCAUCAAGUUUACAACUAAUGAGGGUUUGUUGCCAGGGUCAGAUCAGGGUAACGAUGAUUACGAUGACCUUGAUGAAGGUGAAGAAGUCGUGGAAACCAACAAAGAAGAUAUUCGUGUAAUAUCAAACAAGGUAAACCCUGACAUUGGAAGUAUAGCAGAAAAUUAUAAGGGCAAAGUUGGAUUAUGUUCAGUAGGACAGGUGAUGCCUAACACUGUCUCAAGAGAGGGACCUGAAGAGGAAUUAUUUGUCCGCUCAAAGUCUCGGAGAGCAAAUAAGAAGAGAAAGAAGUUGUACCGAGUUCAGAUGUUUACAGACACACGGACAAACAGUAUAGGACUACUGGAUGCCUUCUACUUUUUCUACACGGCACCUGUAUCUGUGUUUAUUGUUAAUACAAUAUCAUACCUUGUUUUCCUGGCUUUGUUUACAUACUUUGUACUCACUAACCUGUACCCAGACCAAGGCUCAAUGGUAGAGUAUGUAGUGUGGGGAUGGACCAUUACCAUGCUGCUAGAAGAAAUUAGACAGGUUUUGUCAAAUGACAAGCGGUCACUGUGGUACAAGAUACGUGGCUGGUUUGGCUCGAUGUGGAACCGGUUUGAUCUGGCUAUGUACAUGAUAUUCUUGUUAUCUGUGAUAUUACGAUUUACAUUACCCAAUGAUAAAUUUACAUAUGCCAGGAUUUUUUACAGUAUUACUGUUGCCAUGUAUUAUUUGAGGUUUAUGCAAGUAUUCUUUGUUGAGAAGAACAUUGGACCAAAAGUUAUCAUGAUCACAAAUAUGGUGAUAGAUUUGAUGUUUUUCCUGGGCAUUUUCCUGUUUUUCCUGCUCAGUUUUGGUAUAAUGUACCAAGCAAACUUGUUUCCAAACUCCCCUGCCAGCUGGUACCUUCUCAAGAGUGUAUUAUAUAUUCCAUAUUGGCAGAUGUAUGGUGAACUCUUCCUCGAAAAUCUAGAAGGAGAGCAUCCCAGUAGUUGUACAACAAAUGAGAGUAUUUGGCGCCCGGCUGGUGGUGUAGAUAGAUGUCCUGAAGAAAACGCACUGGUUCCUCUCCUUGGUGCUGUGUAUCUUAUAUUAACAAACAUUCUACUUGUGAACCUUCUUAUUGCUAUGUUCAGUUACACCUUCCAAAUGGUACAGGACAAGUCUGAGCAGGUGUGGAGGUUUUACCGUUACAGUUUGGUAUACGAGUUUUAUGACCGACCAAAGUUCUGUCCACCAUUGAUUGUAAUUAGUCAUGUAUACAGAAGUAUACUGUGGAUCAGGCGGAGAACAUGCUCAUCCAAGAAAUACAUGAAUGAAUUCAAAUUGAACCUGGAUGCUAAAGAUAACAAUCGGCUGACAUUAUUUGUGAGAUCAGCAACAGAGAAUUAUCUCAACAUCUCACAAAAGGCAGAGAAAGAAGAACUUGGUAAUAAAGUAGCAGACACAGCAAAUAGGAUUGAGCGUGUAAUAGAGGAAUUAGAUAGCAUCAAGGAACAAGUGCGGUUGUCUCGAGUCACACCGAUAAUGGACGAGAGUAGACCGGGCACGGCAGAACCGAUGUUGAUGGACACCUCGGACACUAUUGUUCCAUUAUCAUCAAGGAAAUCUUCAAACAUGAAUGCAAGAGUAGAGUUAAUGCAAGCCCAAAUGAGUGACCUAGGCGACCAGGUAGCCCAGGCAGCCAUGAAGACUGACCAGAUGAUGGCCAUGAUGCAACAGAUAUUGUCACAACAACGAGUUCGUCAAGGUACUCUUGAAAUCAGCGAAGUCAACCAAUAAAAAUAUAGCGAAGUCAACCAAUUACAAUAUAGAGGAAUGAUUUUUGCUGUAAAAUCCAGUGUAUUAUACACUUUUAACCAUUUCUUUAUCACUGCUUAUUAUUGACAAAAUAGAGAUGUCUAUUAUUCUUUAUGGACAAUCGUUUGCUACUUUGAGUGAAUGAAUUUUAUUAGGAAACAUUAGUCUUCAGCAGAGUUAACAAACAGUGGACAUGUUGCUCACUAUAUACAUAAUAUUUUUAGAAAACUUGAACUAAGAAAAAAUUUACUAUUCUUAGACUGUGAUACAAAGAUUGUAUUUUAUACUCAAGUAUUAAGAUAGUAAAUGUUCUUAAGUAUAUUUUUGGGAACAGUUCAAUAGCUAAAAGCUGUGAUGAAGUGCAUAUAUCUAGCAGGAUUAUUUUACUAGCUGUAGGCUUUUAUUUACAUACUGCACAAGAUAUAUUUGACAUGAUCCAAAAGUUGAAUUAAAGUAUUGUUGGUUAAUGUUCUACUUUACAAGAAACAAUUUUUAGCAGAAAUUGAGAAAUAUAUUAUCAAUAUGUAAAUAGACCAAUUUAUCCCAAUUUAUCCAUUUUUGUCUUCGUUCAAAAGUGGUCCUUUAAUACAGGUUGUACUGUAUUUAAAUGAUGUAUUUAUGAAUUAAAUGCCAAGGAUUAAAAGGAGGAUCUAACUUACCUAAUUACGUGAUAAUGCACUGUAAUGUUAUGAAAUGCACCAAAUGAACUUAAUUAAAUACAGUUGUGGGAAACCAGGCCUCGAGGAUAUACAUGUACAUGUAUAUAUAUUUUUUCGAGAAUUCUGUAUUUUCAUAUACAUUCUAUGGCAGUUUCUGACCAAUCAAAUUCCUGACAUCUGAGUUGAACUUACAGAAUUUCCUCAGACCCAGAGCAUUUUUACAGCUGUAUUUAUAUUGCUGUACAUGUAACAAGUUCUCUAUGAACAACAUGUAAUGUAUAGCAGUGAGUGCACUGGUAUUUGAAGUUGCUUUUAACAGUAUGUAAAAGUUAUCAAAUUAUUUAUUUUGAUUUAUUUUAUAGAAAUUUAUGCACACAUUUUUUAUUCAAUACUGCAAUUAUUUAAAAGAUACUGAGAUAGUUUUAUAGAUAUUACAUAAUUCUAAUAAUUGUUUUAUUUUAUUUAAAAUAUAUUGCAUGAUUUGUAGAUAUUUCACCUGUGCAUUAAAUGAUAUAUUAAGUGCCAAUUUUGUAAAGUUUUGAAAUACAGAUAUAUAUAUAUAUGUGUGUGUUAGUAAGUCUUGAAUUUGUUGUAAAUAUGAAGAAAUUUUGUUUCAUGUAGUAAUGACGUACCUCAUGAGUCACAGUACAUGUAUAUUUAUUUUUUAUAGAGUUGGUUUAUACAGAAUUUAUUUUAGUUCGAUUGUGUAGGAAGCUAUUAGCUUAUAAACACACUUUCGAAUCAGUUCCUGGAACCAACCAGUACUGAGCAAUGAGUGUAAAGUUUCUUGCUCAAGGAAACAACGACUUGCCCCUGUCAGGGUUUGAACCCAUGCGGGUAGCGAUCAUAAGAUUACUAGUCCGAAGCGUUAACCACUCGGCCAUGCCGCCACAUACUUCUAUAGAGUUAUGCCAGUAUUGCAGUGAGCUCUAACAAAUUGUUUAGUAGAUCUGUAUUUACUCACUAUGAAGUUUAGGUGGUGGGUGUGAUAGCCUCAGUUUAACGCUGUUUUAUUUGAAUAUAGAGGUUUAUAUCCUGAGUGUAUUUUUGCCACUCUUAUCUUUAUUGAUGGAAUACAACAUUAUUCCUAAACCUGUUGGAACUGAAAGUUAGCAUCCUUUGCUACCUAACCAAUAUAGAGCCAGGUCAGUCUGCACAUCUGGGGAAGUCUGAUCAGGCUCUAUACUGCUGGUAACUAAACUUUUUUGUAUUUCAUUGUUAAAAUCUCUUGAACUUCUAAUUUCAGGAGUGAGAUUAGGAUAUCGAUAAUUUUUCUCCAUAAUUUCAUUUUUCCCAGUGUAUGUAUGCAAGUACAGAUGAUUUUAAUCUAUAUAUAUUUACAUAUAUGUUUGUAUUCAAGAAUGAUAUGUAAGAUAUCAACUAACCAGUGAUAUAUGUCCAUUUUACCCUUUUAAUGUUUACUUUCACUUGACCAUGUGAUAUUAUAUCAUCUUGUUAGUCCGUCCAUUGUUUAUUUAUAGAAAUAUUUUUAAAUAAUUUUUUGUUAAAUCUCAGCAACAGAUUUUAAAGGCCUUGUGGAAAAUGUUCGUACCUUUCUUAUUGCAUAUGAGUAUUUUACGUCUAUUUCAAGAUUUUAACCCUUAACCUGCUGGAACCAUCAACCUUUGCCACCAGUGUAGAGCCAGGCCAGCCUGCACAUCCGUGCAGUCUGACCAGGCUCUAUACUGUUGGUAGCUUAAUGUUUGUAUUUUGAUAUUGAAAUCCCUUGAACUUUGAAUGGACUGUUUCAAAUUCAAAACUGGACUGGUCCAUUAUAGAAAUAUGGCAGGUUAAGGGUUUGUCAAUGCUCAGUCCAGAUUUUAAUCAAUGCUCAUACAUUUAUUAUGUUUAUUCAAAUUGUGUUUUAUAUAAUAUGUAUACAAGCCAGAUUUCUUAAUUUAUUACCAAAUUAUAUCAAAAUAUGAGUUUAUCAAAAUGCUCAAGACAGCAUAAAUUUGUAUGAUAAUUAAUUUUGGGCAUAUUUCUCAUAUAUUGGAUCUAUACAUAUUCCAUGUUAAUUCUGUUUUACUUUUUUAUUUUAUAUAAAAUGUUCACAUUCCUUAUGACUAUUGUUUUAUGUAUUCAAAGUUUACACAUUCACCAAAAUGAUAAUUGUACCAUUAAAUUAUUUUUGAUUUAUGUCUGUGAUAUCAAAAUGUAGCUUCAUAUGUGGUUUUCGAAGACUUUGUUUGAUACACUUAUUAAACAAAGUAUUUAUUUAUGGACUGAAUGUUUAUUUACAUAAUAAAGUGGCAUGCCUCCAGAUUAUGAAAAUAUAACCUAAGAAAGAAAAAUAUAACUGUCUCAUUCAGUCUGACGGUCGAUUAUAGACAUUGUUUAUAUCCUUACUUGUUUUAGUUUAAAUUUGUUUAUUUUAGUUCGAUUGCAGAACAAUUUCUUUCAACUUAUAUUACUAUCAUACUGAUAUUAUGACUUUCAAGUCCGCUUAGUGGAACUAAGCAGUACUGGUGCCAUAUGAGGAGGCAAGAUUGUGACCAGACAUCUGAACCACCCCUUAAUCGCUUACCUUAGACUGUAAAUGAAUGUAGAAAUAUUUAAAAUGAAUGUCUGAAUAUACAAGUUGCAUGAAAAAUAUGAAAAAAAUUUACUCUAAAAAUCACCAUGUUUUUACUUUUCGGGGGCAGUUGAUUUAGAAGUACAGUUUUGCAGAAAUAUGCUCCAUUUUUUAAACUUUUUCUUUUUCCAUACAAGGGCCGAGAAAAAUGGAGCAUGCUACUCCUCAGACAUCUGUUUCUGUCAACCUAUAAACUUUACACAGGUGUGCAGGUGUGUUUGCUUUAAAUAUGAAAUAGAAAGUGACUUGUAUAUUUAAACUCCACUUAUAACAAUAUUCAGGUGAUUGCCGAAUUUAUAUCAUUUUAUCUCAAUAUGGUUAUAUCUGAGAGGCAACCAAUUUGAAAAUGGGACCGUGGCAACAGUAUUGUUAUAAACGGUAUAUUGUUAUAAGUAGAGUUUACUGUACUUAUUUAUUAGAAUGACAUUAGAUUUAGUAGUCUACCUCGAUGCAUUUAUAUCUACAUGUAGUUCAAAUGUUUUUAUUGUUUUUUUAUGGUUUUUUUUUUUCUACAUUAUACAAUGUCUAGUUUUAUUCAUGUAUAAAAUAUGGUUGUGCAGAUUAUCAAUUCAAACUAAUAAUUUAAAAUCCUUGAUUUUUUUUUUGGUUUUUUUUACUGUUUGUAAGUUAAUAUUUCAAUUCCAUGCCUGAUAUUAGUAACAUAAGAACUAUUGACCUGAUGUUUCUCAGCUAACACCAUCUCCCUUGAUUUAUUUUUACGUUUUAAGCGUAUUUUGAUUAACUUAUAACCAUGUAUUUUCUCUUGAAUGAACUGCUUCUGUUAUAGCUAAGCAGUGAAUUUUAAAUCAAUACACAGGUGCUUGAAUUUAAAGAUUUUCGAAAAAAUAGAAAUGUACCUGAUAUCAUACAAGUACUGCAUGAAUUAUCUUAUACCAAGGGCCAUUACUUGUUUUUUUUAAUCAAACCAUAUUUACAUACAAUGAACAUGUACUCUUAUUUCAGCUUACUGGUAUUUUUUGAUACAUUUUCUUUUUGGUCAUGUUUUUAAUAGACACAAAUUUUAUAUACUAUUUUUGUUAAUGUAUAGUGAUAGGUGUAUGGACACUUUUGUGUAAAUAAUUGUUUUGUAGACAACAUUGACACCUUGGUCGGUAACAAUAAAUAGAAGUAAU